CAAAGAUUAGACUAUAUAAAUGUGUAUUGGGCAACACAUGCACACAUCAACUUUGCUUUGGAAGGAGCCUAAUCGAAAGAUGAAAUUCGCCGUGUGCCUGCUCGUGGUGUUGCCAAUUGUCUACUGUGCCAGCAUCGAGGAGAGGUUCAUCAUCGGAAGCUUCCAAUUGGACGACGCUGUGGCAUCUCUGAAGGCCGCCCUGGGCUCCGACACCAGCGAGGCUGCAUGUGAGCUCGCCUGCCCGUCCAUCCUCGCUGCAAUCCCAGGCGGUAGUCUGGCCGCUCCAUUCCUGUGUAAACCAGCAUGCUUGGAGCUCCAGCACCUUGCCCAGGGAAAAUAAAUGAUGGUACUUGAUUUGUGUUAUCACGGAAAAAUAAAAUAAAAUACACAAAACUUG